AUGCCACGAAUGGAAUUGCAACCCUGGACAUUUGAUUGUUCAACAUUGGAAGGCAUACACUAUGCAUUGAAUGGCGCACAAGGCUGGUCCAAAUCAGUUGAGAUAUUCAUCGACGUGAUCCGCCAGCACAACGCUUGGGAUGAUUUGUUGCACACGGGGCAGCCAAUGCAGGCUGGAUGGAUAGCUCAACAUGCCAUAGCAGGACUUUUGACAGAUGCAACUGGUAUGGACUCGACAAAACAUCAGGCGGACAAGACUAUUUCCAUGUACUUUGAAACAAGUGCAAAAAUAUGCGGGAACAAUCCAACGAUGGCGCUUGCGGUGCUUGGAGGAGGCUUGACAGCUUUUCAAAGCGUUGAAUCUCGCGCGGGCAUUGCCCGUGCAGUUGACGUUCUGAAAGAAUGGUUUGUGGGUAAUGCACUGGAACAAGUGGUGCGUGCUCUCAUUGAAGGUAAUGUUUCAAACGAGUUUGCACAUGCGAGCAUUGGAUGGCUGUGUGGGAUCGCUGACAGAUUUGCAGCGUGCAAAAAACAUACAAUUUCCUCAGUGCAACAUUUUGCGAAUUGGCUGGAUUCGCAAUAUCUAGAUCGUUUGGUUGCUGCCUUUGUGGCCCAAAUUUGCAGACCACUGCAAAAAGUGGACGGCACUAUCAACUUUUCUCACACAACUUUGGAUCUGAUGGCACGCAUGGUGCUACGUGGGAACGCUUCCGUGCUUGCUGCUAAAAUUUGCGAUGAGGGGCUUGCAAGCAACACCGUUGCGGCAACCGUUGGCCAACUUAUUGAGAGAUUAUCCUAUGAUCAUGUGUCUGCCAGCCGUAGCCUCAUGUGCACUGUUUUGGAAGCGGCAACCAUGUUUUUGUGGAGCGAUUCCUCCCAAUUGUUCGCAUACACACACAAUGGCGUGACAUUGCUGCAGUCGUUGCUGCAGCCUUCCUUGGGGGCGGGGCUUCCGAUACAGCAGCAUUUAGCUGUCCACAUUUGGCGCAUCCGUUUGGGAUCACAGUUGCCAGCACCUGUGGUGUUUGCUCUGGUGGACAUUCUGAUGGCAGGCAAUUGCAGCCAACAAAUUUGCAGUCAAUGGUUGCAGAUUUGGUCCCAGCCACCAAGUCACGAUACUUGGGCUGAUCGGAAUUUGGCCCUCAGAAUUGCCCGAGCACUGCAGUGUACUUCCUGCAACGAAAAUUUUGGGUCGCAAUCCUUACAUUUGCUGCUGGAGGGAAUACACCUUCGCCUUUCAAUGCAGGCCAAAGAAAACCGCUUGCACGGGAUGGCCAUCGCGGAGUUUUUGGCUGGACGUUGGGAAUCCAACACUGUCAAAGGAGAAGAACAACUUCGAUUUGACAAUUUUGACAGGGAUGAUGCUUCAGUGGUGGCUUUCAAACUGGUGGCAGCAGACUUCCAGGUCGCGACGCACCUCCCUGUGAAGAUUGGUGAUUUUUUUCCAGCAGCACGCAACCUUUGCGAUCUGUUGACAGCUCGAGAAGGAGCAAGAAGCCUCUCGGUUGACAACAUGGAUAUUGCAGCACCGGCUAAAACAGAGAAGGUGCACACUCCACAGGAAACAGAUUCGAUGGAGGCGCCCAACGGCAUGUCCGUCCUGCAGGCAUCUGAUAGUGACGACGAGGAGGAGGAUCAUCCACUCCGUGGAUUGGCACCUUUGUCGCCCUUCCACGUUGCGCCAGACAAAUGCUCUGAUCUGCUUUUGGUGCAGCCACCGGCCUUCCUGCGCAGCGCCUUUGAGAUGUUGCUUGGGCCAAGCAAAGCCGCCUUGACGCGAUUGUCAGAUGAGGCUCCCAAACCUGGUUCUGCUCCAGAGCCGCCUGCGACAACUCGCGCGAGAUUGUCCACAGCCUUGGCAGAGUUGCCGGGGCUGGUUGCGCAAGGCCCAGAGGAACUUUCCAGGCUGGCAGGGCCGAUAUGUGAUCGUGUGUGUCGUUUGGAGGUUGACAGCCUUGCUGACCUGAAAGUGGAGGUGCUUAUCAGCUUGUUGGUUGAAGAUGGGAGCCGACGACCAUCCGUCCAGCAUCUUGUCACAGAAUUUGGCAACGAGGACAUAUCGCUGGCAGCCAGACGGAUGGUUUUGAAAGCAAUGGCCGCCGCGGCUCGGAAGCUGUCUGACUCAAAGGAAGACAACGCGGCGCACAGCGUAGGAGAGGUGUGUAAUACCAGCUUGAAGAAGCAUUGGUUUGCGUCGCAAGCGAUGCACUUCAUUCGGCCGCUAAUGGUCAGGUGGAAGUGCCCACACAGGGCGGCCAGCUGGGCAAUGGGUGAACCAUCGCUUGUCGGUGAGUUCCUGCAUUGCUUGGGCGUCAUGCUGGAGUGUGCUGGCACGGCAUGCCCAGACAAAGACAUACUUGCCAGUGAGUGUGCUGAACCAGCUGUAGAGGUUCUCAGCCACAACGAGCCGCUGGUCCGCCGCUGCAGCUUGUUUCUGCUGUCGCGCAUCGUGCUGGUGGGCUGUGAGGAAGUGCUUCUGGACCGGCCGAACGUUUUGCUACAUUUAGAGGCCUGCCCGUUUACGGAGAUCGAUGAUACGUGCAGGAGGUAAGCGCAUUUUAGCUGAUACCCCAAGUGAGCCUUGCCUGCACCAUGACACUGUACAGAGUGGCAAGCUUGGCAGCCUCCUUGCAGAGUAUACC